CACUGCAUGUAGGAGGUACAAAACGAAAUUAUCUUUGAAGAGGUUUGAGUCUUGUGUAUGAUGACUGAAAAGUGAGUGUUCCCUUUGAUUCCCAGCCAAUCAGGCCUCGAGUUUGGCCAGGCUGGCUCAGAGUGCUGAGCAGAGCCGUGACCCAGGCGUGUUUCACACAGGCGGGCAGAUGGCCGGGAGCCUGGCCGUGGUCAGCGAUGCAGCUCACAUCCUGGUGGACCUGACAGGCUUCCUGAUCAGCCUCUUCUCUCUGUGGCUCGCCUCCAAACCUCCCACCAAACAGUUCACUUUUGGGUGGCACCGAGCAGAAAUUCUGGGUGCUUUGAUGUCUAUGAUAAUAGUCUGGAUGGUGACUGGUGUGUUGAUAUAUUUGGCUUGCAUGAGGCUGCUACACCCAGAUUAUGAUAUUGAUGCUACAGUGAUGCUCAUUACCUCUGCUUGUGCUGUGCUCAUCAACAUCCUACUAAGCCUGAUUCUGCACCAGACUGGCCACGGGCACAGCCAUGGGGCACAGGCCAGGGAAUUCCCUCUGGAAAAGCCAGCUCUGAGCAACGCCAGCCUGCGGGCAGCCUUUGUGCAUGCCAUUGGAGAUCUGUUCCAGAGUAUUAGUGUGCUAAUUAGUGCCCUUAUCAUCUUCUUUAAGCCACAGUACAAAAUAGCUGACCCAAUCUGCACAUUUGUGUUUUCCACCUUUGUCUUGGCAACUACCAUCACAAUUUUAAGGGAUAUUUUAACUGUGUUAAUGGAAGGAACAUCAAAAGGAUUUACUUAUGAUGCUGUAAAAGCAAGAAUUUUAGCAGUUGAAAAAGUGGAGUCUGUUCACAACCUUCAUCUUUGGUCUCUGACAAUGAAUCAAACUGCUCUCUCUGCUCACAUUGCCACAGCAGACACAAUGGACAGCCAGAAGAUUUUGAGAGAUGUUACCCAAGCCCUGUUUGAGCACUACAGCUUCCACUCCAUCACCAUUCAGAUUGAAUCGGGAGAGGAUCAGAAACCACACUGUGUCUUCUGCCAAGAGCCCAGGGAUUAA